AUGGCGUCGCGAAUCCCCGCUGCACUGGCGGCACUGGCCGUGCUGCUCCUGUGUGUGUCGCUGCCCGCGCGCGCGGGCGCGCACAACCACAAGCGCAAGUACAACGGGCGCGUGGUCGCGCGCAACCUGGUGAGCGCCGUCUCUGGCGCGAAGAACUACUCCACAUUCCUCAACGUGUUGCAGCUCACUGGCGUGGACAAGGAGCUGCCGGGCGCGUUUGACCACUACGACGCCACCAUCUUCGCCCCCACGGACGCUGCAUUCGCCGCCGUGCCCAAGGCCACGCUGAGCGCGCUGCUCAAGGACGUGCCGCUGCUGCGCGAGAUCGUGCUGCUGCACAUCGUCAAGGGCAAGAAGCUGGCCGCUAAGAUAGUGUCGCAGCGCAAGGGCCAGGAGUAUGAGACAGCCGCGGGCAUGGGUAAGGCAAAGCUGGUGAAGGCAUCGGUGCGUGGUUCCAGCAGUGUGCAAGUGCGCCCCAAAGAUGGCGGAGCCACCGUGAGCGUGCACACGCCCAACGCUGUGGUGCUGCGUGCUGUUGUGGUGCACAGUGUGACAUCGGUGAUUGUGCCCAAGAGCCCCAAGAAGGCCGGCAAGCAGCUCACGCUCAAGCAGUGCUUUGACGCUGCUGAGCUUGACUAG